AUCAGUUAUAAAACUUAUAUAUAAUUAUCCAUAUAUCAAAAUCAUUCAAUUUUAUACUCUACUCAUGACAUCAUUAGACAUUAGUUAUUUGUUAAGCUUAAUAUAUAUCUGGCGGUCAAACUCAAUCAGUCAAGCAUCAUAGAAAUCAAAUACCCAUGGGCUAAGAUCCAAAAUACACAUAAAAAAACAAGACAAAAAGCCAAAAUCAAAUUUACAAAAGAGCCCAUUGGGCUUACUAGGGUUUAAGCAUUUAACCCAAAAGCCCAUCAUAUCUCCAUCAAGGCAUCAACCUCUGAAAAACCCCUGAAAUGUACGGAGUACUUGUUUGUUUUUUUUCAAAUAAUCACUGUUAAGAUUUUAUAGAAUUUAUCUACCUAAAUAAAAGGAAGAAGGGGAAGAAUAUUACUUUAACCCUAGUUUCAGUUUUCUUCAAAUUCAACUUCUGGGUUAUCUCCUGCUUCACUUAAUUUCAUGGGUAACCCUAUAAUCAAAAAUGAACCACGUGAUGAUGAGGCACAGGCAACAAGCAAGAGAAAGAAUUCUGUAAUAUGGGAACAUGUCACACUUAAGAGUGUCGAUGUAAAAUGUACCACUAGCCACCUUAAGCAACAUGUUACCUUUGAAAAUUGCCCUCAAAUGUCUUCACGUACCCUUGUUUCAAACACUAAUGGUGCUCUCCCUAAAAAACGAUACAUAAGUACAUCUGGAUCUGCAAUUGGUUCAUUGAAUCAGCCUUGUUGCAGAUAUGAGAUUGCAAAGAUGAUUAUUAUGCAUGAAUAUCCACUUGACAUGAUGGACCAUCUUGGAUUUUUGGAUUGUGUCAGAGCUCUGCAACCUCAAUUCAACGUCUUGUCCCGUGAUACUAUUGAAAGUGAUUGUUCUGCUUUUUAUGCAAGGGAAAAACAGGCCCUUUCGAAUCGUAUUUCUAGCAUCCCAGGACGUGUUAGUCUUUCUUUGGAUAUGUGGUCUACAGAUCAAAGUGUAUGUUAUGUCUGCAUAGCGGGUCAAUUCAUUGAUAACAAUUGGAAGUUGAAUCGAAAGAUUCUUGGUGUUAAGCUGUUAUCAUUUCCCGAAUCUGGAUCUAUUUUCAAUCAUGCAGUCCUUUCUUGCAUAACUGAAUGGAAUUUAGAGUCAAAGCUAUUUACAGUGUCUCUUGAUGAAUCUUUUUCAAAUGAAACCGUGACAAAAUACCUCAGAGGGAUACUUUCUAGCAACAACCCGCUAGUUCUUAAAGGUCAACUCAUGAUUAGCAGUUGCUAUUCUCGGGUUUUGACUCAUCUUGCUCAAGAUGCUUUAAUUUCAACGAAGGAAACGGUUAAAAAAGUUCGUGAUAUUGUGAAGUAUGUAGUGACAGCUGAAAGUCAACAAAAAAGAUUCAAUGAUUUGAAACAAAAACUUCAGGUACCAAGUACCAAAAGUCUCGAUCUUGACAGCCAAACGCAAUGGAACACAACUUACCACAUGUUAGUUGCUGCAUCCGAAUUAAAAGAGGUAUUUCCAUGUUUGGAUGACUUUGAACCUAGUUACAUAAAAAGCCCAUCAAUGGAAGAAUGGAAAGAAGUUGAAGUUCUUUGUGUUUUCUUGAAACUCUUGUUUGAUGCAGCCAAUAUUUUGGUGGGUCCCACAUUUCUGACCACGGAUGUGUUUUUUCAUGAAGUGUGGAAAAUCCAACUUGCGCUUACAAAUGCAUCAAUGAUUGGAGAUAGGUUUAUUAGGAAGUUGACAAAACCGAUGCAUGAAAGGUUUAGCAAGUACUGGAAAGAUAACUCUCUGGUUUUUGCAAUUGCAGUGAUUAUGGAUCCCCGUUUUAAGAUGAAGCUUGUGGAGUUUAGUUUUUCAAAAACCUACAGUUCUGAAGCUGAGAAUCAGAUAAAAGUUGUACGUGAUGCUGUUGAGGAACUUUAUCUUGAUUAUGUGGUGCAAAUGCUUCCUACACCGACAUUUGUUGUUAAGGAAAAUGAGAAUGGGAAUGAUAUCGAGAUUGGGAAUGGAAGUGAAAAUGAAGAGCGUUCAGUGAAAGAAGCCAUUUUUCUUUCAACAGAUGACGGGCUUUCUGAUUUUGAUAUCUACAUCUCUGAAACCGCAAGCCUUCAAAACAGGAAAUCUGAAUUAGAUCAGUAUUUGGAAGAAUCAGUGCUACCCCGUGUGCAUGCAUUUGAUGUUUUGGGCUGGUGGAAGGUGAACAGACAAAAAUACCCGACGCUUUCUAAAAUGGCUUUUGAUAUCUUGUGUAUUCCUGUCUCUACAGUUUCUCAAGAAUUCGUGUUUGACAGUAGGCGUAAGAAGAUGAAUAGAUAUCAAUGUUCGUUAAGUCCAUCGACUCUUGAAUCACUUGUUUGUGCUAAAGAUUGGUUGCAGCAUGGAUCUUCUUAGUUUACAGUCUUGUUGUAGAUCUUUAAUCAUUCCAUCAUUUUUGGAUCAUUGAAAUUUGAAGGAAGGCAAACGAUUCUUCAAUUUCGUGUUUGUGGGGUACUGUAAAGUAAUGUGGUUAUCUGGUAUAUCUUUUUGUCCUGUUGCAACUUGAGAGCUUAAAACGCAUGUUUUGUAUGCUGUGUAACUCAUUGCUAGAGGCAUCUAGCGUUGAUGAAAGAUUAAAUUUUGUUUCUGAUAACAAUA